AUGGUGGAGUUGUCUACAUUGAAUACUGACAAACUGGAAGACCAUGAAGAUGAAGCUGAUGGUGGAGAUGCAGUUGAACUAGAUAAUGAGCAGAGAGAGCUAAGAAACAACCAGUUGGCACGUGAUAGAGUAAGAAGGUUCUCAGCAAGUCAGUUACCUACUAUAGAAGAAGAAUUGGUUGAAAUGAAGAAGGUUCCAUAUGCCAAUGCAGUGGGGAGUGUGAUGUACUCCAUGGUACGCAUGGGACCAGAUUUGUCAUAUGCCUUAAGCAUGACUAGCAGGUUUAUGGAAAAUUCUGGAAAAGCACACUGGGAAGCUGUUAAAUGGGUACUGAGAUACUUUAAAGGUAUGCCAACUUUUGGAUUAAGAUUCCUAAAGAGAGAUGAUGAACAAGAAAGCAUGGCGGGAUUUUGUGAUGCAAAUCAUAGUGGGGAUCCUGAUAAGAGAAGGUUACUCAUUGAUUACAUUUUUCAGUUAUUUGGGGAUACAAUAAACUGGAAAGCUUCAUUAUAG